AUGGCAUCUGGCCAAGAGAAUGACAUGGCAAGGGAGGAAGGGCCCACUGCACCUAAUGAGGUGGUGAACAAUGCUGCUGAGAUUGACCUCAAUCAAGAUGAGGCAAUGGCUGACAUUGAGCUGGAUGACAUUGAGAACCUGGACCUGGAGGAUGAGGAUAAUUAUGUUGAACCUGAUACUUAUGUUGAAGCUAAUAACCGUGAUGAAGCUGAUAACCAUGGUGAAGCUGAUAACAAUGGGGAGGAGGACAACACCGGUGAAAAGGAGAACACUGGUGAUGAAAAUGACUUCACUGAGGGUGAAGGCAUGAGUUAUCCUACCUCAGAGGAGAUUUUCCAACUCCAGGCUAAAGUGUCAACUCAAAAUAUCACCAUCCUGCAGCAGGAGAAGUCCAUUGAUGGACUCACAAAGCUGAAUAACAAGCUUAAGGGUGAGUUGGGCGUUGUCACGAGAGAGGCCUGCCAAUUCUGUCGCAGCAUGGGCACUAGAAAUCGCCAAAUUGAGGAGCUUCAGGAUAAUUGCAACAAUAUGCAAGCGUCACUCACCAAGCUCCAUGAGCAGUUGAGGGAUCUUAGGAGGGAGGACAUUUACCAGCCUCCUUCUGGGCGUAGGCCUGCUCCUGCUGCUCAGCCGGCACCCGCUCCGUGUGCACCUCCACUGGCUCACGUUACUGCACCCACUCGUGCAUUGGACGAGGUGGCCCGCAGGGCAGUGUAUGGCGCUAAGAAGCAGGCGUAG